GCGUCACAUUGUAGUCAAAUUUGUCUAAUGAAAAGGUGGCAGCAACAAUAGUGAAGGAGGGAGACAGUGCUCUGUAUCUACUGACGAUCUCUGGAGGAAGUUAGUGUCUCAGGCGGCGUCCAAACAUCCAGGAUUGCUCCUCUUCUUUUUGGAUUUUAAACUCAAGUUUUGUUAUACUGGAGACAUCCGCUAACUAGAAGUCCUCAUCUUGUGUCCACUUCUAGUAUUCUUAUCACCAUCAUGGAUCUCAGAUCAGAGCUGCCCGGCGCCUCCUCGGCUACCCAGGUCCACCCCGCGGCAGCGGCAGCAGCGGCGGCGGCGGCAGCGGCAUCCACCAUCCCGGUCUCCAUGGCAGGGAACCUUCUACGCGGGCCUCCUCUGUUGCUCCGCGCCGCCGACAAGUACCCCCGCACGCCCAAGUGUGCCCGCUGCAGGAACCACGGCGUGGUGUCGGCGCUGAAGGGCCACAAGCGUUACUGUCGGUGGAAGGACUGCAUGUGCGCCAAGUGUACGCUGAUAGCCGAGAGGCAGCGCGUCAUGGCGGCCCAGGUGGCACUCAGGAGGCAGCAGGCGCAGGAGGAGAACGAAGCCCGGGAGUUGCAGCUGCUCUACGGCACCGCGGAGGGGCUGGCCCUGGCUGCGGCCAACGGCAUCAUCCCUCCGAGGCCCAGCUAUGAGGUGUUUGGUUCUGUUAACAGCGAGACCAGCAACUCCGAUUCAAGCGUUCAGAAGUUCGAGUUGUUCCCCAAGGGCCAACUAUCCGGUCCUUCCACUCCGCAGCAGUCCGCUGGCAAACCUACGGAGAGUGACUCAGUCCCGGGAAUCUCCUCUCCAGACGGCCGGCACGUAGGCUCCGGCUCCGAGAACGGAGACAGCGAAUCUUUCGUCAACUCCCCGGUAGCAAAACCUUUAAAAGACGACGAGGACACUCCCGGAUCCGUCAGCUCCCUCGGUUCGGACUCCGGUUCCGAGACUGACAAAGACGAGCAGGAGUCCUGUCCGUCUUCCGCGGCCUCCAGGCACAUGCACGCCAUCGACAUCCUCACCCGGGUGUUCCCCAGCCACAAGCGCAGUGUGCUGGAGCUCGUCUUGCAAGGCUGCGGGAAGGAUGUGGUGCAGGCAAUCGAGCAGAUCCUCAACAACGGCGGUUCCAAUGGAGGCAGUGCCGCCCAGGGUGCCAGCAAGGCCGGGCUCGAUGAGGCAUGGAGCGGUGACAGGAUGCUUCAACAGCAGACCCAACCUCCACCCACCUCCUCAUCUGCCACAGCCCCGACUCGACCCAUGCUUCCCGGGGCCAUGACUCUCAGCAACCGCUCGGCCUUCUCGCCCCUUCAGCCCAACGUCCCCCCCUUCGGAGCCGACCCAAGCACCUACCCGCUGGGAACCCACCUGGGACUGAACCCUCUGCGGCUGGCCUACUCUGCUCACAGCCGGGGUCUGGCCUUCAUGACGCCCUACUCCACCACCGGCCUCAUGCCCACCCUGGGCUUCAGACCCCCCAUGGACUAUGCCUUCAGCGACCUGAUCCGGGACAGGACAAUGCUGCAUAAGGAGCAGGGCUAUGCGGGUGGCCUUUACGGGCCUCUCGUCAACAAUACACCGGAAAAACAGUAACGAGAGGCGACUGAACACACACACACACACACACACAGAUAGUACAUAUCACACUGUACACACAUUUCAUUGUAUUUGUAGCCACCCGUGUUUGAAUGUUGGACAAAAAUAUGUAACGUUUAAGACGUCUGUAAAUAAAAAAAUAUGUCUUAGAGUGGAAAAAAAUCAAUUGUUGCAUUUUAUAUUGGGGCAUGUUUUUUUACAGUCAUUGUAAAAGCAAAAUUAUCACACACUCUUCAACGUUAACCGCAGUUUUCACCGGAAAAGGAAGUUUUACUAAUGCUAUUAGCGUAAAAGUUCAACUCAUUGAUGUGUACAAACUACCGCCACCAAGUCUUAUGUAUUAUAAUUAUUAUUUCUUAUGGUUUUUCUAUUCCUUUUUCCAACAGUCUGUAUCAUACUGUAUAUUGCAUUUAUGAGGAAAUGCUCUGGUAAUAUUUGACUUUUCCUUGAAUCAGUUAGCACCAAUAUUUAGUGACAAAAGUCCUCCAAAUAAGUCUGUUCAUCUUUUAAAUGUUAUAAAAAAACAAU